UUCAUCAUUUGAAAGGGUCCCAGUCAAAUACAAGCCUCAUUCAGGAGUUUCAUUUUGUCAUGUUGAUCCUCCCGGUAGCUAAUCUGACCAUAGUCCAAGAUCCUCUCUUUUUGACACACCCUGAACUUGUUAAAUAUCCAUUGCAUUGGGUUGAUUUGUCACUUUUCUGUGUUGAUAAAUCAUUAGCCAUCAAUUGAACUUUGGCUCCAAGUUCCAAACUUGUUCUGCCAUUAGUCUUUUUUCUUACUAUUCUUGUUAGAUCAAAUACCAAGAUGUCAGUGAAAGAUUUCCCUGAAGAAUGCUGGGAAUUAGUCUUCAGAUUCCUCAGCCACACUCAUGAUUUGGAGUCUCUAUCUCUUGUCUGCAAGCAAUUCCUUUCCAUCACAAACCACCUUCAAUCCUCUCUCAAAAUCUAUGACAAAACCAUCCUCCUCCUUCCUAAUCUAUUCUCAAGAUUCUCAAGGCUCAAAACCAUAGACCUCAGCAACUUCAAUGGUGACCUCAAGGUCUUACUCCAUCAAAUUUCUCAAUCUGGAUUGGACCUUGAUUCGCUCAAUCUUUCCAAUCAGAGAACAAUUCCCAUUGAUGGGUUGAGAGAGCUUGGUUCAAAGAUGAAAAAUUUUAAGGUUUUGACCUGCUCCAACAUUGGUUCUCUGCAAGAUGGCCACCUUGUGGUCAUAGCUUAUUGUUUCCCAUUUCUUGAAGAGCUUGACAUAAGCUUUCCAUUGGAUUCUCAAGCAUCUGAUUUUGGGAUACUAAGGCUUGCUUCAUUGCUUGAGAAUCUUCGCAAGAUUAACCUCUCUGGUAAUCACUUAAUCACUGAUAAAUCUCUUUUCUCUCUGUGCCAAAACUGUACUUCAAUGGAGCAAAUCUCAUUCUUCACAUGUUUCAAGAUAACCCAAGUUGGCAUUGCUUCUGCAAUUCGCCUCAGACCAAGUUUGAGUUCAAUCUCUUUCAAUAUUGAAAAGAAAAUAAUUCAUGGACCUGGUUUGACACCUUUACCUAUCAACCUUGAUUUGAUUGAUUCAUUCAAGAGUUUGAAAAGAUUAACUGCUGUUGAUUUGUCAAACUCUUUUAUCUCGGAUGAGUUUCAAGUUUCAAUUGCUGAGGGAAGUGGAGGUGGUAAUCUGCUGAAUAAGCUCAUCCUCCAAGACUGUUGCAACUGCACAUUUGAAGGAAUCAAUUGUUUGUUAUCCAAAUGUCAAUCUGUUCAGUACUUGGAUCUUAGUAAAGCUGAUUUUCUAACAGACCAAUGUAUCAGUAAAUUGUCUGUGUUUCUUCAUAGUUUAACCUCUAUUAACCUUAGUGGUUGCUGCCAGCUGACAAAUUCUACUUUUUUCACACUCACAAGAAACUGUCCUUUGAUCAGUGAGAUCAACAUGGAGAGAACAUAUCUGGGGGUAGAAGGGGAAGAAGAUUCCCAUUCCAUGCUGGAUUUUGUUGUCAAUGUACAAGUGAGAAAAGUUUAUCUGGGUGAUAAUGUUUUACUGAGAGAUGCAAGUUUGAUAAAAUUUGCUUCAAUUUGCCCCAAUUUGCAGCUUCUUGACUUAAAUGCUUGUGAGGGUGUCUCUGGAGGGUGUAUUGUGGAGGUUUUGAAGAAAUGCUGUGACAUGAGGCAUUUAAACCUGGCCUAUACAGGAAUUAAAGAGUUAGAGAUAGACUUUGUAGUUUCACAAUUGGAGAUUCUGAACUUGUCAGGGUCAAGCAUUGAGGAUGAAGCACUUUCAAUGAUCUCAAGGAGGUUUCCUGGACUAUUACUUCUGGACAUUCAGAAUUGCUGGUGUGUGACAGCCAAAGGGGUGAGGGAAGUAGUGGAAAACUGCAGAGCAAUGAAAGAGUUGAAUUUGAAAAAUUGUGAUUUGGUGGAUGAUGAUUUUGUUGUUGGGGUGAAGAGUUCAAGCCCAUCAUUGAGAACAAUAAUCACACCUUCUGGUGUUGGUGUUUAUUACUGAUCAGAAGCAGGGGAAAUUCAAAUUGAUAUGGAUCCUGUCUUGUUUGCUAGUGUUGGACCUGCCAGUAUCAAGAAUCCUAUGUGUGCUGAUAGCAUUCUUGACAGAAAAAGAAAGUUGCAAGCGGUGUGUUUAUGCUAGUGCAUAUGUGUGUCUUUUUUUUCUAAUGAGUGUAUAGAUAUUGAAUUUAUUAAGUGAGGCAAAACCAUUAUGCUUUCUUUGGUUUUAGAGAGAGUGAGAACAGAAAAGAUGAGUGAAGAGAAAUUGGUGAGGAAAAAGAAGAGAUUUUAUAGGUUGUGUGUAUAAUAGAAAAAUAGAAAAACGAGAAGAGAAAAAAUGAAGUGUCUCUUCUCUCAUUUUGUAUUGUAGAAUAGAGAAAUGAAAGUGAUAAGAUUUCUUUUGUAUGAAAUAACACGUUAACCUUCAAUAUAUCAUCAAUAUCAAUAUCAAUAUCAAUAUCAUCAAUA